GAGAAACAACAGAAAUAUACAGAGAGAGAAAAUGGACCCCCAACAGCCUAAGCAGGAAGACCCGAAACUAGAAGGUUUACCAGUGGAAAGCAGUCCGUACACGCAGUACAAAGACUUGGAAGACUACAAAGAGAAGGGGUACGGCACACACGGCCACCAGGAGGUGAAGCCCGGCCGUGGAGCAGCUGCCUCCACGGACGCCCCUACUGCUACUGGUGGCACGUCCUUGCCGACUCAAGCUAACAAGGGAAGUGAUCCUGCCGCCGCUACUACGGCCACCGAUACUGUGAACAAAUACGGCGUGUCUUAGAAUAUUUUGGGCUGUACGAUGUUUUGAGGGGUAGGGAUUUGGUGUUGUUUGCUUAAUAAUAAUAAAAGCUUUUAAGCUAGCUGUUGUAUACGUGAUUUAGUUUGAUUCAUAUUUUAGUAUGAAGAUAUAUGUGACGAAGUUUAAUGUGUUUUGAGAAAUGAAUAU